GGUCCUUCUCGAAUCUCAUUACUAAGCGCAAUUUGUCCUUGUUAACGGUCUUGGUAAUUAGUUGUUUGAUGCUAGGAAUCCGAGCCUAAAGCUUCGAACGCUACUCACAUCGUAUAGUGGAUUGUUUCAAACGUACAACGUUUGCUUUUCGGUUAAUAGCUGUGAUUUUAAUCGAGGCAGGUAUAGUACAAUCACGAUGAGGCCUGUGACUCGGCGCACUGCAAACCAGCUGCUUCACAACAAGUUUAUUGUGGUCUUGGGCGAUUCCAUUCAACGUUCAGUGUACAAGGAUUUGGUUCUCAAUUUAAGGCGAGAUGCGUAUUUAAGUGUUUCACAGCUAAAAAGCAAGGGUGAGUUUUCCUUUGAGCAAGACUCUCUGGUAGAAGGUGGCAGACUUGCAGAAAUGAAUAAUGGCACUGCCUAUAAAGAAGUGCGACAGUAUAGAUCAGCUCACCACUUGAUCCGAUUCUAUUUUGUCACGCGUGUGUUUUCACGCUAUAUGGCCAGCAUCAUGAAUGACUUCGAAACCGGAAUGAAACCGGACUUGGUCAUCGUUAAUUCUUGUGUGUGGGAUAUAUCAAGGUACAGCCGUGAAUGGGCGACCGAAUAUAAGAGUGACCUUAACACGUUCUUCAGUAAACUGAAGGCCAUUUUGCCGGCAGAAAGCCUGGUUGUAUGGAACAUGACCAUGCCAUUGGGAAAGAAGAUUGUGGGUGGAUUCUUGGUUCCAGAGAUCCAACACAAGGGUCCCACAUUGAGAUUCGAUGUGAUUGAAGCAAACUACUUUGGAGCCACUUUUGCCAGCGAGUAUGGCUUUGAUGUGCUAGACCUGCACUUCCAGUUUCGGUUCAGCCUGCAGCAUCGUAUGCAGGAUGGCGUACACUGGAACGCCGUUGCCCAUCGGCACAUUACGUACCUCCUGCUGGAGCAUGUCGCACAGGCGUGGGGAGUGGAACUGCCAAAUCUGGACAUGUCUAAGGCAAAUGAUCACCCAGCAUUACAUGACCGCUAUAACUGGAAGAACACUACCUCAAGUGCUCCCAUACGCUAUCAAGGUCCUCCGUACAGCUACCAGAGAGGCUUCAAUGCACCCGUGAUGCCUGCUGUCCACUAUAACAAUGGACCAGCCUGGCCACGGUGCCAAAUGAUGAGGCCGUUGAGGGACUUUGGCUCACAGUUCGACUAUGGUUGGCAGUUCUACAGCGACAGUGUACCUCCCCACUUAACAGAAGGAUACCAGAGCUUUGAAAUGGAUUCUUUCUACAGAGCUGCUGCCCCCUACUGGCCUAUGAACAACUUGAUCAUGAAACGCAAAAAAAGAAGACAAUAUAAUCCUUACACACAAGAGAGGCCACGUACUUACAGAUAAAUCUGUUCUGAUGGUGUGUGGCCAGAAUAUUAGGCAUUGUUGCAAGUAAAGAUACAUUCUGAAUGGUAGGAAUUGUUUUGGAGGGUAUGUACAUGUUUAUUCUUGUUACAAAAACACUGAACUGCGAUACUGUAAAGUCAAGUACUAAACAUUUAUUUUAAUUCUGAAAUAAAAAGGUAUUUUUUAGAGAACUCUGUAAAA